AUGUCGACCAAUCCCAAGAUUCAGGAGCUCCUCACCAAGACCCGCAACGAGCUCACCGAGUACGAGAUCGCCCAGCUCGAGGAGCAUGAGUUCAGCGCCGGACCUCUUUCGAUCCUCCAGACCGCCGUGCGCAGCCACACCCAGGUUCUGAUCUCCAUCCGAAACAACCGCAAGCUUCUUGCGCGCGUCAAGGCCUUUGACAGGCACUGCAACAUGGUUCUCGAGAAUGUCAAGGAGAUGUGGACAGAGACCCCGCGCCUUGCCAACGGCAAGAAGGGCCGUCCCGUCAACAAAGACCGCUUCAUUAGCAAGAUGUUCCUCCGUGGUGAUAGCGUCAUUCUGGUUCUUCUGAGCUGA